AUGGCGGAGAACCUUGUAGAUGAUGAUUAUAGACCAUUGAAGGCUUACUUUCCAGACAAAGAAGUAGCUUUUGUAGGGGAGUACAUUGCUGAAGAAUAUGAUGGUUGGAGGAUGUUCUUUGAUGGAGCUAAGAACUUGAGUGGAUCCGGCAUCAGAGCUGUUGUGAUCUCACCAACUGUGCAACAUUAUCCGGUAUCAGCCAAACUCAGGUUCCUCUGCUCAAAUAAUAUGGCUGAAUAUGAAGCUUGCAUAUUGGGGCUUCGACGCGCUAUCGACUUGGAUAUCCAGGAAAUGUUAAUAAUAGGAGAUUCAGACCUAUUGAUCCAUCAGGUCCGAGGCGAAUGGGCUACCAAGAAUCGAAAGUUGUUACCAUACUUGGAGUGCGUGCAUAGGUUGUGCAAAAGGUUUCUCAAGGCAGAAUUCAAACAUGUGCCAAGGAUCCAGAAUGAAAUGGCAGAUGCCUUAGCCACCUUGUCUUCCAUGAUUCAACAUCCUGAUCAUAAUUACAUUGAUCCUAUUUACAUCCACAUAUACGAGCAACCAUCAUACUGUUUUGAUAUUGAGGAAGAGCUUGAUGGAAAGCCUUGGUACAAUGACAUUCGAGGAUAUUUGAAGAGCGGUAAGUAUACAAAGGAUGCAACAAGUUUACAAAAGCGUACGAUUCGGAGGUUAGCGAAUCAAUUCUUUCUACGUGGAGAAAUCCUUUAUAGGAGGACUCCCGAUUUGGGGUUGCUAUGGUGCGUCGAAGCUGGAGAAGCCAACAGGUUGAUUGAAGAGAUACAUGCAGGAACAUGUGGUCCUCACAUGAACGAUUUUACAUUGGCAAAGAAGAUCCUGAGAUCCGGAUAUUUCUGGCUAACUAUGGAGACAGACUGUAUACGCUAUGUUAAAAAAUGUCACCAAUCUCAGAAUCAUGCAGAUAUGAUCCGAGUUCCUCCCAACGAACUCCAUGUUACUAGUUCACCUUGGCCCUUUGCAGCUUGGGGCAUGGAUGUCAUUGGUCCAAUUGAGCCAGCAGCAUCCAAUAGACAUAGAUUCAUUCUGAUUGAAAUCGACUACUUCACCAAAUGA